CUUAUCCUAAAAAACUUGCCUUUCAAUACCUUGAAGACCUCCGAAAUGAAUUUGAGCGUGUCAAUGCAACCCAAAUAGAAACAGCAGCCAGACCUUAUGCCUUCAUUAAAUUUGAUACAUUCAUUCAAAAAACCAAGAAAUUGUAUCAGGACACGCGUACUCAACGGAAUAUAGCAAAGUUAAAUGAUGAACUCUAUGAAGUCCACCAAAUAAUGACUCGAAAUGUACAAGAAGUUCUUGGUGUUGGUGAAAAGUUGGACCAGGUUAGUCAAAUGUCCAGCCGGUUAACAUCAGAAUCUCGCAUAUAUGCUGACAAAGCAAAGGAUCUAAAUCAGCAGGUCAGUUUCUCUAAGAAGUUGAUGCUGUGUGGUAGUCUUUUUCUUGUUAAUGGGGUGGCAGCUGGGCAGGUAGAGAAGCUGAAAGUAUAUGAAUGCAAGGUUUAUUUGAGGAAGCACCGAUUGCAAUUAAGUGGAAACAAAGAUGUGCUUAUUCAGCGUAUAAAGGAGCAUCUAGAUGUUGAGAAACACCAAGAACAAAAGGAGAUAGAUUUGUCAGAGCUCAAUGAGAAAAUUUAUGAAACAGUUGAAAAGAUUAUAAAAGGUAGAGAAGCUGAAAGCAGAUCAAUGCAAGGUUUAUUUGAGGAAGCACCGAUUGCGAUUAAGUGGAAAGAAAGAUGUGCUUAUUCGGCGUAUAAAGGAGCAUCUAGAGAUUUUAAAUGUUGGAGGUGAGAAGAAGUAUCCAGUAUCCAGCUUUGUGUUGAACUGUAAAGAGGUUAGUCAAAUGUCCAGCCGGUUAACAUCAGAAUCUCGCAUAUAUGCUGACAAAGCAAAGGAUCUAAAUCGGCAGGCUUUAAUCCGGAAGUGGGCACCUGUGGCUAUUGUGCUAGGAGUCGUCUUCCUUCUCUUCUGGGUCAAAACAAAAUUCUGGUGAUCAUUUAACUAUCUUCUGGUGGUUCCCAGAACUUAGUUGCAUACUUUAUGGGGUUCAUCCGUGCUGCUUUUCUACCCUGUAUUGGUGGCAAGGUUGCCAGGAUUCUGAGACCUUCACAUCAAAGUAAACGCUGCCUUUUGGCAAUCAAUCUUGUUAACUCAUAGAGACAAUAUUUACCAUCUGCAAUUAUGGAAGAGAGACUCCCCUUACUGGGAUUAUUCUUUCUAUAUGUAAAACUAGAAACACCAUAGCUAAUAGCGUUAUAUUGAUUGAGAGCCUCUCAUAAUAUCAAUCUUUAAGCAUUUUCUC